CGCACGCAAAAGUCAUUGCCGCGGCUGACUACUGGGCUGCCCACGUGAGUCUCGGUCCAGGCAUUGGCUUAGUGACUCCUUUGGGUGUUGGAACUCAACUGGUAUGGGAUCGUCUUAUUCGGGGAGAGAAUGGAAUUGUUUCACUGGUUGGUGAAGAGUAUAAGAGUAUCCCUUGCAGUGUUGCUGCUUAUGUGCCAAGAGGUUCUGAUGAAGGUCAGUUCAAUGAGCAAAACUUUGUGCUCAAGUCAGACAUCAAGUCCAUGUCUUCUCCCACCAUUAUGGCCAUUGGGGCUGCAGAGUUAGCCCUGAAAGAUUCCAACUGGCAUCCUCAGUCAGAAACUGAUCAAGUGGCUACUGGUGUUGCAAUUGGCAUGGGAAUGGUACCUCUUGAAGUGGUAUCUGAAACUGCUUUGAUGUUUCAGACAAAAGGUUACAGUAAAGUCAGCCCUUUCUUUGUCCCUAAAAUUCUGAUCAAUAUGGCAGCAGGCCAGGUCAGCAUUCGCUAUAAACUGAAGGGCCCCAAUCAUGCAGUAUCCACAGCCUGUACCACAGGAGCUCAUGCUGUGGGAGACUCUUUCAGACUUAUAGCUCAUGGGGAUGCUGAUGUGAUGGUGGCUGGAGGCACAGAUUCUUGCAUUAGUCCUCUCUCUCUUGCUGGGUUUUGUAGAGCCCGGGCUCUGAGCACAAAUUCUGAUCCUAAGUUGGCAUGUCGGCCAUUUCAUCCAAAGAGAGAUGGUUUUGUAAUGGGAGAAGGUGCCGCAGUGCUGGUGCUGGAAGAACAUGAACACGCUGUUCAAAGAGGGGCCCGGAUAUAUGCUGAAGUUUUGGGGUAUGGACUUUCAGGUGAUGCUGGUCACAUAACUGCCCCAGACCCUGAAGGAGAAGGUGCCUUAAGAUGUAUGACUGCUGCUGUAAGAGAUGCAAAUGUGCACCCUGAAGAGAUAACCUAUGUCAAUGCACAUGCUACUUCCACACCUUUGGGAGAUGCUGCUGAGAACAAAGCUAUCAAACAUCUUUUCAAAGACCAUGCCCAUGCGCUUGCUGUCUCCUCGACCAAGGGAGCCACCGGGCAUCUGCUGGGAGCUGCAGGGGCGACCGAAGCAGCUUUUACAGCACUUGCUUGUUAUUAUCGAAAACUACCACCUACUUUAAACCUGGAUUGUACAGAGCCAGAAUUUGAUCUCAAUUAUGUCCCGCUAAGGGCACAAGAAUGGAAAACUGAGAAAAGAUGUAUUGGACUCACCAAUUCUUUUGGUUUUGGUGGUACUAAUGCAACACUUUGUAUUGCUGGCAUAUAGUGCAAAUCAUCUGUAAUUAAACAUUGAUUUUUAAAAUGCUAUAAGCAGACUAUAUUAAGUGAAGAAAUACUGUGUUCAUGUGAAUGCAUGUACUUAUAUUUCAAUACCCAGAUGCCUUUGUUCUGUCAGGGUUUCUCAGUCUUGGCACUGUUGACAUUUUGGGCAGCAUAAUUUUUUGUUGGGGAACAGAGGGAAAGAGGGGCUCCUAUAAACUCUAUGUUUACUGGUGUCCCAUUCUGGACCCACAAUAUUCCGAAGCACCCCCUACCUUGGUGUGAACCUCAAGUGUCCAUAGACAUUGCCAAAUAUUUCCUGGAGGGUGCAGGGACGAUGUGGGAGGAGACAAAGGGCAACCUAACUCCAACAUGAGAAUCACUGAUCUCUCUUUUCUAAUAUUCAUAGGUUAAACAUUUUACCCCCUCUUAUCUCUUUUACAGUUUGAUAAGUCACUACUCUGUGCUAGUCUGGGACGCCCCAUUGUACAUCUCAGGCACACCAUUCCCAUGUUACGUACAGUGAAGAAAUACAGUGAAGUUUGCGCAACUGACCAGUAGUCUUUGGAUAUGGUAAUCAAGCUGCAAUGAUCUAUUUACACCUUAUCUACCUACUUCUCUUUUCUUCAUAUUAUCUAGCCUAUGAUUCAGUACAUCAGUGGCAGUUCUCCAAACUCCUUAGCCAUAAAUUCUCUAAAAGAAGGAAGUGAAAUGAUUUUGGCCUUUCUGAUUCUUUUUAUAUUUACAGUGGUACAUAGUAACUAAUGAAAGCUAGAUCUUUAAGAAGUAGAACAAAAUUUUUUGUUAGCUCAAACCCUAUCACCUGGCCUACUUCUGACUUCAUUGCAACUAGAGGAGAAUUCUGUUGUGUUUGCUUCUAAGUGCCAGUGGUACCCUUACUUUUAUACUUUAGGGUUCCUGUCCCACUAAAAGUAUUGGGGUAGGGAGUAGAUAAGUUCCCUGAAGGUAAUAUUCAACCAAUGAGUGGUGAGAGCUGGUGUCCUAGUGCCUCAGCCUGCUUCCAGAGGCAUAUCUAGGAUGCUGUACGGUUGCUUCGAGGGUUUACAGUGAGAUGGCACCUUAGCACUCAGCUCAAUGGAAUUACCUUUCCUGAUUUUUUUUCUCCUUCACUGUGAGCCUUCUGUUAUUCUUAAUUGUGCUUCCAUGAAUCACUUCUAAGUAAAUUACCUUGUCAUAGGCUCUGCUUUCUGGGGGAUUCUAAGGAAGUUUGUGUUGCAAUGGGGUUUACUGUAUUAAACGGAGAGCGUGAGUAAAUGAAUGAAUGGAAUGUGUAUUUCUACAAAACUGAGUAGCGUGCCCCACAUUUUACUGGGAUAAGCAUGUUGCCUUGUUGAUCCUGACUAACACUGUAUCUCCAUGGCCUAGCGUAAGACUCCAGUCAUACUAAGCUAUCUCAUUGGCAUACAUUGGUUUGUUCACAAAUUUGUUGGUUGCUACCUGUGGCCCUGGAUAUACACAGCUUACUAAUGAUGAAGGCAUUUGUCUUUACAUACCUAUAAAUGCAA